ACUCCUUUUAGUUUUGGCAUGAAUCACCGAACCCCACCCUACCCCGCGGGGGAUUACUGCCUUCUGUGCCGAAGUGAACGGAAAGACUCUUCAUUCCCAGAGAGCGGCAUGAAGACUGCAAGUAAGCUGGCCCUCUCCGUGGCCCCCAAAGGCAACAACGUGCUCCACCUGCCGCUGUGGGUGUGUCCGGACUGCCGGCGGACUGUGGAGAAGGAGGAGAGGCAGGACCAGACCGUGAGCCAAGAUUUUCUCCUGCACAACCCCCUGGGAGGACCACAACCUGAGGCGGGAAGCAGCGGGAGACUGACUCUGGGCCCCCAGACGCUCCCCUCCGCGGGACUCAGCACCUCCACCCCUGCCGACGCCACCUGCACCUGCGAGGCCUGCAGCGAGCGCAGAGACAUUUCGGCAGAGACAGACCGAGAGUCUCAGCAGCUGCAGAACUCCUGGUCUGAAGUACGCUACAUGGUGCGCUGCAUAUACCGGCAAGCCGGGACCCCGCUGGCAGACGACCAAGACCAGUCUCUCGUACCUGACAAAGAGGGCGUGAAGGAACUAGUGGAUAGGCUCUGCGAGAGGGACCCCUACCAGCUGUACCAGCGGCUAGAGCAGCAGGCCCGGGAAUAUGUGCUGGAGAUGAAAGUACGGCUCCUCAGACAGCUUUCAGCCUCCGCCAAGGUGAACCCUCCAUCAGCUGUCCAAGGCCCUCCCCAGGCACACCAGUUCAUCUCCCUGCUGCUGGAGGAGUACGGCGCCCUCUGCCAGGCUGCCCGCACAAUCAGUACCUUUCUGGGCACUCUGGAAAAUGAGCACUUGAAAAAGUUCCAGGUGACCUGGGAGUUGCAUAAUAAGCACCUGUUUGAGAACCUGGUUUUUUCUGAGCCGUUGCUGCAGAGCAACCUGCCAACGCUGCUGUCGCAGAUCAGGCUGGGUACCACCACGCAUGAUACCUGUAACGAGGACACAUACAGCACAUUGCUGCAGCGCUACCACUGCUCGGAGGAGGAGCUGCGCCGCGUGGCCGAUGAGUGGCUGGAGUGUCAGAAGAGGAUUGAUGACUACGUGGACGAGCAGAUGACUAUGAAAACUAAACAGCGCAUGCUAUCAGAAGACUGGGAACUUUUUAAACAAAGGCGAUUCACUGAAGAGCAGCUGACUCACAAGCGCACAGUAGCUGGUGAGGACCACUUCACAGACACCAUGAGGCACAUGCUGUCGUCACGGCUGAGCCUGCCUGACUGUCCCAACUGCAACUACAGGAGAAGGUGUGCUUGUGAUGACUGCAGUCUGUCCCACAUCCUCACUUGUGGGAUCAUGGACACUCCCGUCCCCGACGACAUCCACAUCCACCAGCUGCCUCUCCAGAUGGACUCCGCUCCCGACUAUCUUUCGGAGAUGCGGCCGCCUAGUGUGUCCUCAGCAAGCUCAGGCUCAGGCUCCAGCUCGCCCGUUCCAGUCCAGCAACAUCCCAGACUCAUCCUCACAGACAACGGCUCUGCAACAGCUUUUUGCAGUGAUGAUGAAGAUGGUGCACCGUUAUCAGCUAAGUUUGCUGGUAUUUACCCAUUGAGUAAUUAUGAUGACACCGAGGUAGUGGCCAACAUGAAUGGAAUCCACAGUGAAUUAAAUGGCGGCGGGGAAAACAUGGCCCUGAAAGAUGAGUCCCCCCAGGUAAGCAGUACCAGUAGUAGCUCUUCCGAAGCUGACGAUGAAGAAGCAGAUGGCGAGAGUAGCGGGGAGCCUCCAGGAGCCCCAAAGGAAGACCUAGCUCUAGGAAACGGGAGCCUCAUGAAAGAAGACAGCAAAGUAGACAGUCCGCCCCCGUCUUACCCGACUCAGCAGGUGGAGCAAGCUCAGAACACUUGUGAAUGUCACGUCUGUAAACAAGAAGUCUCUGGGCUGACAGCGUCCGCCACCACUGCAGGCGCUCUUCCUCCCGGCCACCAGUUUCUGAGCCCCGAGAAGCCCACACACCCUGCACUUCACCUCUACCCCCACAUCCAUGGACACGUACCUUUGCAUACCAUCCCACACCUGCCUCGUCCUCUUAUCCACCCCACCUUGUAUGCUGCUCCCCCCUUCACGCACAGUAAGGCUUUACCGCCAGCACCUGUUCCGAAUCACACAAAUAAGCAUCAGGUAUUCAGUGCGUCUCUUCAGGACCAUGUUUACCCGAGCUGUUUUGGGAACACUCCAGAGUGGAAUAGUUCUAAAUUUAUAAGUCUUUGGGGAUCAGAAGUGAUGAAUGAUAAGAACUGGAACCCUGGCACUUUCUUGCCAGGUACAAUUUCUGGGGGUGAUCUACUUGGGCCGACGCUUUCAGAAACAAGACCAGAAGCCCUUCCACCCCCAUCCAGCAGCGACACACCUGCAGUCCCAGAUAGUAAAGAGAAAAAAAAUGCUGCAAAAAAGAAAUGCCUGUACAAUUUCCAAGAUGCUUUUAUGGAAGCCAACAAGGUUGUCAUGGCAACGUCGUCUGCCACGUCCUCCGUCUCCUGCACGGCCACCACUGUGCAGUCCAGCAACAGCCAGUUCAGAGUGUCGUCCAAGAGGCCGCCUUCCAUAGGUGAGGUCUUCCAUGGUAUCAGCAAGGAGGACCCCAGACACUCGGCCCCGGCUGCGCCCAGGAGCAGCCCCACAGGCCUGGCACCGUUGCCUUCUCUCUCGUCCGCUGGGCUCCAGCCGUCUUCUACACCUCACCUGGCAAACCUCGCAACCCCGUCGUUCCCCAAAACUGCAACCCCAGCUCCUGGCUUUGUGGACGCUCGCAAAAGCUUCUGCGCAGCCCCCGUGGCGCCCCCACCCCCCACCACAGAUGGCUCCCUCAGCGCACCUCCCAGCGUGUGCAGUGACCCCGACUGUGAAGGGCACCGCUGCGAAAAUGGGGUCUACGACCCCCAGCAGGAUGACGGUGACGAGAGUGCGGACGAGGACAGCUGCUCCGAGCACAGCUCCAGCACGUCCACAUCCACCAACCAGAAGGAGGGGAAAUACUGUGACUGCUGCUACUGCGAGUUCUUCGGGCAUGGCGGGCCUCCAGCUGCGCCCACAAGUAGGAACUACGCAGAGAUGCGGGAAAAGCUCCGCCUACGCUUGACCAAGAGGAAGGAAGAGCAACCUAAAAAGGCAGACCCCACCUCUGAGAGGGAGAGUGUCGUUGACCAUCGAAAGGUCGAAGACUUGUUACAGUUUAUAAACAGCUCAGAGACCAAGCCAGUAAGCAGUACUCGAGCAGCCAAGCGGGCCAGGCACAAGCAAAGAAAGCUGGAGGAGAAGGCCCGCCUGGAGGCCGAGGCCCGGGAGCGGGAGCACCUGCAUGUCCUGGAGGAGCAGAGGCGGCGGGAGGAGGAGGAGGAGGAGCGAAUCAAGGAGGAGCUGCAGCGUCUUCAGGAGCUCCAACAGCUGCGGGCGGUGAAGAAGAAGAAGAAGGAGAGGUCCGCCAAAGACUGUCCCAAACUGAACUUGCUGGCUCGAAAUUGUCAGGUCACCCCAGCAUCUGUGCCUGGCUCGGAAAGCCUCCCCAAUGGCUCCCUGGAGCCCACUGAAGAGCCAGAAACCUCCUCAUCUCACUCCCCUUCCAGACACGAGAACCACACAGAGCCAAGGCCAGGCCCAGACACAGAUGCCGCAGACCCCACAGACCCCACGGGCACCAGGGACUCCAGGCUUCUGUCCCGGAAGGUGGUCCACACAAAGCAGCACGAGUCCCUUUCUUUCCUCUUCGACAUCAUGCACCACCACAAGGAAGGGGGCAGCCGGGCGAAGCUCAGGCAGGCCAGCAAGGCCAGCGCCGAGCCCGUGAAGAAGCCCGUGGAGUGCCCCAAAGCCGCAGAGGCGCUGCCCAGAGCCAGGCCCCAGACUGAUCCCAGGCCGAAAGCCGUGGACCUCACUGCCCUCUCGGAGCAGAAGAGAGACGAGAGGAAAGUGAGUAGUAACAGCAAGAAGCAGCUGAACCACAUCAAAGACGAGCCCUCUUCUCCCACCACCUCUCCCAGCGAGUGUCAGCAAAAUGGCAAGCUGGUCCUGGCGGAUUCUCCACAGCCCAAGGGCAAGAGCAAGAAAAGCAAGAAGAAGAAAGGAGACAAAGUCAACAAUUCAAUUGAUGAUGUCUUUCUGCCUAAAGAUAUUGACCUCGACAGUGUGGAUAUGGAUGAGACCGAGAGGGAAGUGGAGUACUUCAAAAGAUUCUGCUUGGAUUCCGCACGACAGACCCGGCAAAGACUGUCCAUCAACUGGUCCAAUUUUAGCUUGAAGAAAGCCACGUUUGCCGCGCACUGA